UUUAUCCUCAUAAGCACAUUCAAAAAACUGAACUGACAUAUCAUUUUAAAAUUUACGAAAUCAUCGCAGACGUCUCAUCGUCGACGAAAACGUUUCUUUCCAUUAAAUAUGCAUAGCUGAAAAUCCUGAAAUAAAUGCGAGCAUCAGGAUUUAAAUUGUAAUAGACUGAGAUACCUUAAUCCUUCUAACUAUUCAAUCACAAAGGUUGGUUCGAAAAAAAAAAGUGAAGUGUAACCUUUCAAAACAAGAAAAAAAAAAGUAUGGUUAACCUUUCAAAAGAGAAAAACAGCAUCCUCAAAAAAAAAAAAAACAGUGGGGAAUAAAUAGCAGGGAAACAUAACUGCAGGCCGCGUGUGGGGCAGUAGAAAACUGCGGUUUGAUUUUUUCUCCUGACCCCGGCGCUACACGCCACGCCACGCCAUCGUCGCCGCCUCCGCAUCGCGCCCCGCACCCCGCACCAACCGCCCUCCUCUACAUAACCGAUCCGACAACCGCGCGGCCGCCCACGGUGGAUUCCCGGACCGGCAUAGCGCGUUGAGGGUCGGGGGCGGGGAGCGGCAGAUGCGGGACGGCGGCGGCUCCGGCCGGGAAGGCGGGGAGGCGGGGCGAGAGAGGGAGCGGGAGGUUGGGCCGCGGCCGGGGUGCGGGGGCGAGGCGGCGGGGCAGGCGGCGGCGGACUGCGCGGCGGUGUGCUGCUGCUGCCCCAUGGCGGUGCUGGAGCUGGUGCUGCUCGUGGCGGUGCGCCUGCCGGCCGACCUCGUCCGCCGGGCCAGGCUGAGGCGGCGCCGGCGCCGGGGCCUGCGGCGCGGCGGCAGGGGCUCGGCGUCGCAGUCGGGCAGCACCAAGGCCAUGUUCGCGGCCGCGGACGCGCUGGAGGCGGACGAGGCGCAGGCGGAGGUGGAGCGCGAGGAGGCGGCGGCCGAGGCCGCGUCCGAGUUCGAGCGCGAGAUCAUGGGGUCCCGCCUCUACGGCGCCGGCUUCUGGCGCUCCAACUCCUCCCGCUCCAGCUCUCGCGCCUCCUCCGCGCGCCGCUAGCCAACGUCGACCGCCAACGUCGAUCGGCGUACUCUUCUUCUUCUCCGUCGCGUCGAGUGCGUGUGCUCCCUUCCCUGUGCCCGCUGUCGCGUUGUGCUGCGUCACUGCGUGCGCGUGGAAAGAUUUGCCCCGUCUCGUCUCGUCUCGUCUCGUCAGGUGUGCGUGUGUUAGUUUAGUUUGGGUUUAGGUUAGCAUCCUGGUACAGCAAGCGAUCGCGCACACGUGCGUGCGUGCGAUCUUGGCUGGCUAUGUUGUGUCGCUGCUGCCUGAGGAUGGAUGGAUGGAUGGACCAGUGGAAUUGCUUGGCUUGGAUUUGGAGAGAGGAAAUGUGGUCCUCCUCAACUGCUCAUCGUCGAGCAGCGUAUGCUGUUGCUGCUGCCACCUGUGGAGCUCGAAUUGCUUGCAUUGCAUUUGCAUGGCGUGGUCAAACAACCUAGUAGUAGCAGUGAUAUUAAUAUAUUAGAGCUGGCAAAUCUUUUCAAGGGAUUGUAUGGGCCUAAUGGCCGUCAAAGGUAAGAUUACCAUUUGCCAAUGUGAUACGCCCGUACUUUUUAGACUGCUAUAGUGCAGUUAUGAAUCAUGGGAGCUCAUGAUACGCUCGCUUUGUUUGCA